UAAUAUCCGACGUCCGCUCAUCACCACCAUCUCCAACGUUUAAGGAAGUAGCUCAUUUUCGACACUUCCUAUGUUUGACUUCCGAUGUUCCGCUGGUAAAAUGUCCGAACAACAACGCUUCUGUCACCACCAUCUCCUACUCUCCCCUCUUCUGCUCCCCUUCCUCUCCUUCUCCCUCUUUCUUGCAGCAGCUGCUGAAAUCCACCACCAAAAUCCACCGCCGGCUAUCACUCGUUUCCAACAAUACCUCCAAAUUAGCUCUGCCCAUCCCACCCCAGACUACACCUCCGCCAUCAACUUCCUCACCAGCUUCUCCAACUCCAUCCCUUCCCUGCAAUCCCAAAUCCUUUACUUCACUCCGGAAAAGGACAAACCCCUCCUCCUCUUAACAUGGCCCGGCUCAGACCCCACUCUUCCAUCCGUCCUCCUCAACUCCCACCUCGACUCCGUGCCAGCAGACCCCUCCAAGUGGGUUCAUCCCCCCUUCUCCGCUUACCACUCCUCCGACGGAAAAAUCUUUGCCCGCGGUGCCCAGGAUGAUAAAUGCAUCGGUAUUCAGUAUUUGGAGGCGAUAAAGAGGUUAAUUGAGGAGAAAAACUUCAGCCCUCUUCGGACUGUGCACAUCUCAUUUGUCCCAGAUGAGGAGAUUGGGGGUUUUGAUGGGAUGGCGAAGUUCGUGAAAUCCGAAGAGUUUAAGGCAUUGAAUCUGGGGUUUGUGUUGGAUGAAGGGCAGGCCUCGCCUGGAGAUGAGUAUAGAGUGUUUUAUGCUGACCGGCAGCCGUGGCAUAUCGUGAUUAAGGCAGUUGGAAUGCCCGGUCAUGGGUCGAGGAUGUUUGAUAAUUCAGCAAUGGAGAAUUUGAUGAAGAGUGUGGAGGUUAUUACCAAGUUUAGAGAUGCUGAAUUUGAUAAGGUUAAGGCUGGGCUGGCUGCCAAUUCUGAGGUUAUUUCUGCAAAUCCCGUGUUUUUGAAGGCUGGAAUUCCUUCUCCCACAGGAUUUGUGAUGAAUGUACAACCCUCUGAGGCAGAGGCAGGAUUUGACUUGCGGCUGCCACCAACAGCUGACCCGGAUGCCGUGAGAAGAAGGAUUGCAGAGGAAUGGGCACCCUCUUGGAGGAAUAUGAGUUUUGAGAUAACAGAGAAAGGACCUCUAAGAGACCACAAAGGACGCCCAUUAUUGACUCCGACAAAUGAUUCCAAUACUUGGUGGUCUGUUUUCAAGCAAGCUGUCACUUCUGCUGGUGGUAAACUUGCAAAGCCUGAAAUCUUGCCAUCAACUACUGAUGCUCGGUUCAUGAGGCAGCUUGGAAUUCCUACCAUUGGGUUUUCACCUAUGAGAAACACGCCAAUACUACUUCAUGACCACAAUGAGUUCCUGAAGGAUUCUGUCUAUUUGGAGGGAAUUAAAGUAUACGAAUCUGUAAUCAAAUCUUUGAGCUCUUUUGCUGAUUCUUCAUGAUGUGAUGAUGUUGAAUAAGCCUCGGAAUCAAGCAUUACCUGCUGGAUUGCAAGUCUUGACCUUCUUUUGUUCUUAGUGCUGUUCUCAUUUUGCACAUAAUCUUUAGAUGAAGGAUGGCAACUUGAUUCUGUCAAAUUUAUAAGAGAGAUGCUUUUUCUUUUCAGAAUUCCUACAUGGACGGAAGGAGCUCUGUCGUAUGACUUCUGAAAAUAAGCCUGCUAAUAAUUCUGUAUUAUUUCUGUUUCAUAGCAAUGUAACCUUUUCUUAAAGUAGAGAAACAACGACAUCUGUAAGAGGGACGAUAGAUUAUUCUUUUA